CCCCCAGGGGCCAUCCCGGAUCCUGCCUGGGGCCCGGGGCUUCUGCCCCCCUGGGCCAUCCCCCUGCCCUCCCCGGGUGAUCCUCCCUCAGAGCCAGGGCCCGGUUCUGCCAGGAGCCCCUGGACCCCCCUCCCCAGGGGUCCCCCCAAGCCUGGAUUCCCCCUGGGAUCCCCCCCCAGGCCCAGCCCUUCCCCAGGCCUGGGCCUGCUCCCCUCCCAGGCCUGCGGCCUGCCCCUCAGGGGAUCCCCCUGAGGCCUCCUGCCCUGAUCUGCCCUCCAGGGACUCCCCCAAUGGAAUCCCCGAUGGGGAUUCCCCCCAGGCUACCUUCCUGACACCACCCCACCAAGUUUUGGGGCCUCCCUCCCUAUGUUAUCCUUCCCCAUGGAGACAUAAGAUCCUUCCUAAUGGGGUCUGAGGGCAUCCUUCCCCUGGAGCCCCCCUGUGUUGAAAUACCUUCCUCCAGCUUGUUCUCCUCCCUUGGGAGACCUCUGAAUCCCCCCAAAGUCCUCAAAUGUCCCCCCAGCUCCCUUGGAUCUGGGGGACCCCUCUCUUCUCCAAGCAUGUCCCCACCUCUGGGGAGGAUUUUGCUGGAUCUGUGAGCCGUGCGGGAGUGAUUUCGGGAAGAGGGUGAGGAGGGAGCCGGCGGGACCGUCCUGGGCACAGGCAGGUGGAGGAUGAACGGCGAAGCCGAGUGCCCUGCAGACCUGGAAAUGACAGCUCCCAAAAACCAAGACCGCUGGUCGCAGGAGGACAUGCUGACCCUCCUGGAGUGCAUGAAGAAUAACCUGCCCUCCAACGACGGGAGCAAGUUCAAAACCACCGAGUCCCACCUGGAUUGGGAAAAAGUGGCUUUCAAGGACUUCUCAGGGGAGAUGUGCAAGAUGAAGUGGAUGGAGAUCUCUAAUGAGGUGAGGAAAUUCCGGACCCUCACAGAGCUCAUUAUGGAUGCUGAAGAGCAUGUGAAGAAUCCUUACAAAGGCAAAAAGCUCAAGAAACACCCCGACUUCCCCAAGAAGCCCCUGACUCCCUAUUUCCGCUUCUUCAUGGAGAAGCGAGCCAAAUACGCCAAGCUUCACCCCGAAAUGAGCAACCUGGAUCUCACCAAGAUCCUGUCCAAAAAAUACAAGGAGCUUCCUGAGAAGAAAAAGAUGAAAUACAUCCAGGACUUCCAGCGAGAGAAGCAGGAGUUUGAGAGGAACUUGGCGAGGUUCAGGGAAGACCACCCGGAUCUCAUCCAGAACGCCAAGAAAUCCGACGUCCCCGAAAAGCCCAAGACCCCCCAGCAGCUGUGGUACAACCACGAGAAGAAGAUCUACUUGAAAGUGCGUCCAGAUGCCACCACGAAGGAGGUGAAAGAGUCGCUGGGCAAGCAGUGGUCUCAACUCUCGGAUAAAAAGAGGCUGAAAUGGAUUCAUAAGGCCCUGGAACAGCGGAAGGAGUACGAGGAGAUCAUGCGGGAUUACAUCCAGAAGCACCCGGAGCUGAACAUCAGCGAGGAGGGAAUCACCCGCUCCACCCUCACCAAGGCCGAGCGGCAGCUCAAGGACAAGUUUGACGGACGACCCACGAAGCCACCCCCGAAUAGCUACUCCCUGUAUUGUGCAGAGCUGAUGGCCAACAUGAAAGACGUGCCCAGCACGGAGCGGAUGGUGCUGUGCAGCCAGCAGUGGAAGCUGCUCUCCCAGAAGGAAAAGGACGCCUACCACAAAAAGUGUGACCAGAAAAAGAAAGAUUACGAGAUCGAGCUGCUCCGCUUCCUGGAGAGCCUGCCCGAGGAGGAGCAGCAGCGGGUGCUGGGCGAGGAGAAGAUGUUGGGCAGCAACCGGAAAGGGGCGACGAGUCCUGCAUCCAAAAAAUCCUCACCAGAGACCGGCAAGGCCAGCUCAGAGAAGCCCAAGCGGCCCAUCUCGGCCAUGUUCAUCUUCUCGGAGGAGAAGCGGAAGCAGCUGCAGGAGGAGCGGCCGGAGCUGUCGGAGAGCGAGCUGACCCGGCUCCUGGCCCGCAUGUGGAACGACCUCUCCGAGAAGAAGAAGGCCAAGUACAAGGCGCGGGAGGCGGCGAUGAAGGCGCAGUCGGAGAAGAAGCACGGCUCAGAUAAAGAGGAGCGUGGCAAGCUGCCCGAGUCUCCCAAAACUGCUGAGGAGAUCUGGCAACAGAGCGUCAUCGGGGACUACCUAGCUCGUUUCAAGAACGACCGGGGCAAAGCGCUGAAGGCCAUGGAGGCCACUUGGAACAACAUGGAGAAAAAAGAGAAGCUGAUGUGGAUCAAGAAGGCGGCCGAGGAUCAGAAGCGAUACGAGAGGGAGCUGAGUGAGAUGCGGGCCCCUCCGUGCUCCACCAACUCCACCAAGAAAAUGAAAUUCCAGGGAGAGCCAAAGAAACCCCCAAUGAACGGUUACCAGAAGUUCUCCCAGGAGCUCCUGUCCAACGGGGAGCUGAACCACCUCCCGCUGAAGGAGCGGAUGGUGGAGAUCGGCAGCCGCUGGCAGCGCAUCUCCCAGGGCCAGAAGGACCACUACAAAAAACUGGCAGAGGAGCAGCAGAAACAGUACAAGGUGCACCUCGACAUCUGGCUCAAGAGCCUCUCGCCCCAGGAGCGGGCUGCGUACAAGGAACACAUUUCCAACAAACGCAAGAGCAUAGGGAAGAUCCGGGGUCCCAACCCCAAGAUGAAGCCAACGAUGCAGUCCAAGUCGGAGUCAGAGGAUGACGACGAGGAGGAAGAGGAGGAGGAAGAUGACGAUGAAGAUGAGGAUGAUGAUGAUGACAACGGCGACUCGUCAGAGGAAGGCGGCGACUCCUCGGAGUCCAGCAGCGAGGAGGAGAGCGAGGACGGGGACGAGUGUGAAUGCCGAGUAAGUCACCAGAGUCAAAGCUUUACACCGGUGCAACUGAAAUCAGACUAUGCUGGAUGGCGCUGGGGCCAGAAACCGUGUCCGUGCCUUGUGCUCGCCACCGGACAGAACGACGAGGAUGAUGAGGACGAGGAUGAUGAGGACGAGGAUGACAACGACUCAGAGGGCAGCAGCAGUUCCUCCUCCUCCUCGGGGGACUCCUCCGACUCUGACUCCAACUGAUCGGCCAAGCUCUUUGUAACGUCGUUUGGUCUCUCGGUUUCGGUCCCAAAUCCCCCCUGCAGCCCCUCAAAAUCCUUCCUCCUCUUCCUCCUGCCCCCCCGUGGGACCCCCAGCGCGGGGAGCGGGGGCCGGGGGGACCCCUCCGCCGAGCUCACACUACGGAGGGGGAUCAGGGGCUGCUUCCCCCAGGCUGGGGGGCGAGGAGAGAGCCCCCCACCCCUGCCCCCCUCUUUACACCCGAGGGGAAGCGAUUUUUUUUUUGGAAUUUCAUUCUUUCCAGGGGGGUGUCUCUCCAUCCCUACCCCCAUAACCCCCUCGCUACCAGCUCUGGACUUCCUAGAAAGAGAAGAAAAACACACAGGAAGAAAAAAAAAAAAAAAAAACAAAAAAACAACCAACCAACAACACCCCCCACACCUUUUUUUUUUUAUUAAAAAACCCAGAAAUGGGAAGAAAAUGCCCUGGCCACGCAGCCCCUCAGGCAGCGGGCGCGGAGCACGAGCCGAGGGGCUCAGGACUCAGCCGAUGGGACAAUGCCUCCUUCUCCUUGCAACCCCCCCCCCAGCCCUCUGCGCACCCCCCCCCCAGCAUCUUGGGGGUCCUCCCCACCCCCCAAAAACCUUGUACAGUCUGGAAGCUGCCCCGGGAGCUGCCCGGGAACUCCACAUCCACGGCACUUGGGUGACCCGCGUGUCCCCGGAGGGGGGGUGGGAGCGGCGUGGGGGGGGGUGUGGGUGUGUGUGC